GGGAGCACGGCAGCUGCAGCAUGUUCCAAAUAUUGCUCUAUUUAAAGCAUCCCGAGGCUCACAAGAACAACUGCAGAGACAAAUCUCAAAACUUGCCAAUAAAACCAGCAGAGGGGGGAAUGGCAGAACGAGCCCCAUUCUCACGCCUUGUUGUACCUCUGCUCCUUGCAGUUGGCUGGAUUGUGGGUUGUGCACUCAUGGUUUACAUUGUCUUCUCCUGAUGGAAGACAGAAGAAUUUACAGCUGUGUUCAUUAGAAGAACCUGGAACUGAAACUGAAAUUUCUAAUGACUGCAAUGUGUAUAAAAUGAAUUCUUUUUAAUAUCAACACUGUAAACAUUGUGUACACGUUUUAUCUACAACAAAGGUUUGAAAUGCUAAUUUGAAUAA